GCGGAGAAGCGAGACCCAGAGCGUAGGCGCGCUUCUAAAAAGGCGUACUAUGAGCGCAACAAAGAGCGUCUGCGGGAGAAGGCCCGCGAGCGCGCGAGAGCGAGAUAUCAGCAAGACCCAGCUGCUCGAAGAGAGCACCACCGUGCGGUUACGGCGUAUCGCACUCUACAUGCGGACGAGCUUCGCGUGCGGCGCCUCAACCUCUAUCGCAAGACCUACCUCCUCAAGUUUGGGGUUGACGCUUUUCGUACCAAGUUCAUCUCUAGACUCAGUACCAAUGAGCGUGAAGGAAUUCCGCACGGCUAUCUUCUCGAGGAUCGAGAAGACUGGCUGCUC